UGUGGCAACUCUUUUGUUAUUAUUCUGUGAAUUUCUUAACAAUAAAUUAAAACUUAUGAUAAAAGUGAAAAAGAACAAUAAAAACACUCGGCCCACAUUUUCUAUAUAAUGAGUGCGGCCUUAAGACUUCAAAUCAAUUCAUUAAAGCAGUGAAAAUCUAGUUGAAACGAAAAUCAAUCAAGUCAACACGGAAUCAAGGAACCUGUGGAAUCUACCUGAUAUUCUUGCCUUUUUUACAUUUAUAUGGCUGACUAAAGGGUUGCACAAUUGAAAUGUCUGACCCCUUGGUUAUUUGCGUUUGCGACUACUGGCAGCGGCGUCACUUCCACAAUCGUCCAAACCGAAAGGCCGGCGACUCCUGUCGAGAUUCGAAGUCCUUGCGGAGGAUGCGCAUCGAGGUGGACGCCAUCAAUGGGAAUUACUACCUGCGCGAAUUCCUCCAGCAAAAGGAGCUGGCCAGGAGCCUUAAGAGCAACCAUGGCGUCCAGUUGGUUUGGCUGUCCUUCGAGCCGCCCAAAAAAGACACCGUGGACUACCGAUUCGCGGACAUCCUGGCACACACCCUAUGGGAGCACAUCGAGGUGGAGCACCUCAUGUCCUGGCUCUCCACCCUGGGCGGUGGAUUCUCCGCAUUGGGGGAGCAGUUCGAACGAUGCGCGGAGACGGCCGGCAAGAUCUCGCUGCAGCAGCUGAAGAUUGGCCUGCGACUGGGAGAUCCCUUCCUGCAGGCGCGCUGCAAGCUGUACUUCAGCAUUUCACUGAUCCAGCGGGGCCAGCUCCGAGCGGCGAAGCACAUGAUUCGGGAGCAGUACGCCUUCGCGAGGAGCAACGCUGAGAAGGAUUUGCGCCUGGUGCGGAUGUGCCUGGGCAUUUGGCAGCGACUCAGCUACGAGUACGAGCAGCGGCGGAUGCGGAAAGAGGGAAACUAAGACAGUUCACCCGAUCAAAUUUUAUAAUUGUAAAUUUAUUGGCAUGGCCUGUGUUCCUUUUGAUUAUUCCAACUGUGAGUUGUAGGUAAAGAGAAAUGUUUUCAAUAUAUUUAUUUAAUAUGUAAUUGUA